AUGGAGAAGACGGCACAGACGGCCGCUGGCGAUGAUGCCAGCAUCCAAGGAACCUCUCUGGCAGCGGCAGCGGCAGCGGAGCGGUGGUCCACGCUCCCGGAUGAUCUCCUCCGCCUUGUCCACGCCAAGCUUACCGGCCCCGUUGAUGGCGCCCGCUUCGCCGCCGUGUGCACAUCGUGGCGCGCCAUCGUGCCGACGCUCCCGUCACGUCUCCCAUGGCUGAUCCUAGACCCAAGCAGCCCCAACAAGGCCAAGCAUGUGUACAGCCUCAAAGAUGACACCAUCCUGCCGCCCAUCCCGUUUCCGAGUGAGGCCGUCGGCAAGCGCUUCGUCGGCAGCUAUGGUGGCGGCUGGGUCGUCCCGGCCGAUGCCCCGCUUAAGAUCGUGAACCUCUUCUCCCGUGCUGAGGUGUUGCUUUCUACGCAACAGAAAAAGGUCAGGAUCGUGAACCAGUUCACCGGUCCAGACGGGGCGCCCACUAGAGUGCGAUGGAAGGACCCCCCUGCACGGUUGGGAACUGGCGACCAGUUACAUCCGUUGAAGAUAAUCUUCUCCGGGCCUCCCACCUCGAGCAGUUGCAUCCUCGCUGCCAUCACCGACGAGCGCGACGUCGCCGUCUGCGUGCCUGGCCACCCGGAGCGUGAAUGGACGAGGCGAAGAUACGAGGAGGACGUAGUCUUGGAUAUCACCUUCUGCAAUGGCGAUCUCUAUUGCCUCCUGGGACGCACCAAACAACUUGUUAAGUGCGAGGUCAGCCUAACCGAGUUCGGGGUGGCGGCGUUCGGGGCCAACCAAUGGCUGGCCAUGCCAAACCGCCACAUGUUGAUGGAGGGGAAAUCGGAGCCGCAUGACACAUACAUUCUUGAGGUAAGGGGAAAACUUGUGAUGGCAGUAAGGAGGAUCAAGGGGCCGUGGCCAAGGCCGCGUAACAUCCGCGGGCCUUUCUUCUUGGUGUUUGCGCUCAUUGAUGCUGGUACAGAUGAAGCGAUGACACAUCGUCACUCGUACAAGUGGAAAGAGAUAAAAAGCUUCGGUGACCAUGCUUUAUUCCUAGGCCCAACUUGCGCCAAGGCGAUGCGCCUAUCGACGACAGAUGAGCAUGGCGAUCUUCGGAGAAACUACAUCUACUACUCUCACCAUAACAGCUACGUGGAGAAAAAACGGGGCAACGGUCCUAAAGGCCUCGAGAAGUUCUUUACAAGCUUCAACAAUGAUCAUGUGUACUACAAGGAACAUGAAAGCAUUGACAACGUCGUUGUGGAGGGGAUUACAUCGGUAGAGUACUACGUGAAGGGUGCUACUCAUUCUCCCAUGUGGCUUUUGCCUCCAAAUCUUUAG